AUGGGUCGUAACUAUAACGGUUGUCUGGGUUUGGGUCACGAGAAUGAAGUGAAAACACCACAAAUUAUACCACAAUUAUGUAAUCAAAGGAUACAGCGAUUUAUGAAUGGAUAUGACUUUGUGUUGGCUAUCAAUCACGUGAAUCACGUGUUCAGUGGGGGUCACAAUAUGUACCGACAAUUGGGUAGACGUACGGAAGGAUUAGGUUUUGAAAUCAUAUCCGAAUUGAAUGACAAGAAUAUCACACAAAUAUGUUGUAAUAGUUAUCACUCCCUGGCCCUCACCACCAAUGGACAGGUGUAUGCCUGGGUAUCAAAAGUGGGAAACAAUUCAUUUGAAAGCCAUUACCAAAACCUUUUCGAGGAGUUGUCGGCUAUAGGGUCGGGAGAAUCUAGCGAUGAAUAUAUGAGACAAAUUUUGAUGGAAGUGAAGAAUCUAAGAAAACUUAAUCCGGAUUUUGUGGUCCAAUAUAUCACUUCAUGGCCUGAAAGCAAACACCUCUACAUUCAAAUGGAGUUCUGUUCACAGAAUCUAAAGAAUAUUCUCGAAAUUAAACCAAAAGUAUUUGACAGACAAUCGGGAGAUCCCAUGAAUUGUGUCGAGUAUUUCAUUUCAUGUGAAAUAUUCCGUCAGAUCUUAGAAAGUGUUCAGUAUUUGCAUGAAUUGAAUCCAAAGAUCAUACACAGAGACCUCAAACCCGACAAUAUAUUGAUAGACGGGAACGGAAGGGACGGCAGGUUUAUUAAGUUAUGUGACUUUGGUUUGGCAACAGUCCACGACAAAUACACUAAUAGUAAAGCUUAUGUGAAACAUACUUCACGAGUGGGAAGUAUACAAUAUAUGGCACCCGAAGUACUUCAGAGCAGAAGAUAUGACCACAAAUCGGAUGUCUAUUGUCUCGCAAUAAUUGGUUCAGAAGUAUUGGAUUUCGACUUAUUUUUGAUUGACUUAAAUGAUUUACAACACUAUUCACAAAGGGAUGACAUACUGAACGCACCGGUAGUUAAAUUGAAGCGAAUUCUGGUGUCAAUGGCUUCGACCCCAACGUUCAGUCAACGGCCCGACUGUUCACAAGUACUGCGAGAAUACAGCGAAUGGUCUGUCGAUCGGAAUAUUCUGAGGAAAACCAUUGAAUUUGAACUGACCCUGCUGUUUAUAGUACAUAUAUCGACUGAACUGAAUAACCAAUCGAUAAUCACUUAUAAAUUUCGCGAGAAAUACACGAUUACCUUGAUAUCAUUGACGGAAAGGUUGGGCACAAAAAGGGUUGGCUUUUACUGUUGGAAACUAUUCCUAAUCAAUAGAUUCCGUGGAUAUGAGAUACUGGCAUUAAUUGGCGUACAAUUUGAAUAA